AACGAGGAAAGAAAUCCAACACAACAGAUACCAUAACUUGAAGAAUGCAGUGGGUUUGCCAGAGAGUUGGCACUUGUUCCUCAUGUUUGGAGAGACAACUGAAGGGCUUGCUGGGCUUGGUGAAAUGUCAGAGAAGGCUGGUUCCUGCUUGUGUCAGAACUAUUUACAGUGAGACAGGAAAAUGGGAGAAAAGCUAUGGGUUGGAGACAAGAAAAAGAGUUGAAAACUGGUGGCUGCCAAGAAUAAAGGAUCAGUUCUCCAGAAUUUCAGAAAGUGAUAAAUCAAGACCAAAAUUUUACGUGCUUUCUAUGUUCCCGUAUCCUUCUGGAAAGCUUCACAUGGGCCAUGUUCGUGUCUACACCAUCAGUGAUGCAGUAGCUCGGUUCCAGAAAAUGAGAGGAAUGCAGGUGAUAAAUCCAAUGGGAUGGGAUGCAUUUGGUUUACCAGCAGAAAAUGCUGCAGUUGAACAUGGGCUUCACCCUGCAAGCUGGACACAAAGUAAUAUUCAACACAUGAGGGAACAGUUUGAUGCACUAGGGCUGUCUUUUACAUGGGAAAGGGAAAUAACUACUUGCUUACCAGAGUACUACAAAUGGACACAGUACCUCUUUCUUAAGCUGUUUGAAGCUGGGAUAGUGUAUCAAAAAGAGGCCUUGGUUAACUGGGAUCCAGUGGAUCAGACUGUUCUAGCUAACGAGCAGGUGGAUGACAAUGGUUGCUCCUGGCGUUCAGGAGCAAAAGUGGAACAGAAAUACCUCAAGCAGUGGUUUAUCAAAACUACUGCUUAUGCAAAGGCUAUGUCUGAUGCUUUGUCUGAUCUCCCCGAGUGGUAUGGUAUAAAGGAAAUGCAAGCAAAUUGGAUAGGUGACUGCACUGGCUGCUACCUCGACUUCUUGCUGAAGGUUAAUGGUGAAGUAGUAGGAGAAAAGCUUGCAGCUUACACCUAUACGCCUGAAGCCAUUUAUGGAGCUUCCCAUAUAUAUAUCUCACAGACUCACAGACUGCUGCAUGGGAACAGCGAUCUCAAAGAAGUCUUCCAGAAGGAUUUGAUCCCUGGGAAAGACUCACUCACGUCUGUGACAGCUGUGAAUUUGCUUACAGAGCAGGAGAUUCCUGUAGUCAUCUCAGCAAAUACGAGUUUUGAGAAUUACCUUGAUACUAAAAUAGCAAUUCCCAGUACUAGUGCAGAGGAUGCUGCAGUGGCCAAGGAUCUGGGCAUUUCCUUCACUGAAGUCAUUGAGACGCUGCCAGAUGGUUUGGAGAAAGUAAUUAAUUCUGCAGAGAUCACAGGCAUGACUCGGGAGGAGGCUUUCAAAGCUGUUACCCAGCUGGCCAAAAAUAAAAGCUUAGGAGGUGACCUAACAAGUGACAAAUUAAGAGACUGGUUAAUCUCUCGGCAGCGGUACUGGGGAACUCCUAUUCCUGUCAUUCACUGCCAGACCUGUGGCACUGUCCCUGUGCCUUAUGAAGACUUACCUGUGGUGCUGCCCAAUGUAAUCACCUUCACAGGCAAGGGAGCCUCACCUUUAGAAACAGCUCCGGAAUGGGUGAACUGCUCCUGCCCCAGGUGCAAGGCAGCAGCACGGCGAGAAGUGGAUACCAUGGAUACCUUCGUUGAUUCUGCUUGGUACUACCUGAGGUACACAGACCCACACAACAUGGACAGGCCCUUCAGCAGUGAUUUAGCAGACUACUGGCUGCCUGUGGAUCUGUACAUCGGGGGCAAGGAGCAUGCUGUUAUGCACCUGUUCUAUGCCAGGUUCUUCAGCCAUUUCUGCCACCAUCUAAAGAUGACAAAACACAGGGAGCCUUUCCACAAGCUCUUGGUUCAAGGUCUUAUCAAGAACCAGACAUUCAGACUACCUACAACAGGCCAGUGUGUGAAGAGAGAGGAGGUUGAUCUCACUGGAACUGAGGCAGUUCACCUGCAAACUGGUGAGAAGCUCCAAGUUUCUUGGGAAAAAAUGAGCAAAUCUAAGCACAAUGGCAUAGAUCCUCAAGAGUUUGUGAAAGAGUGUGGCAUCGACACCCUGCGUCUCUACGUGCUGUUUGCUGCUCCUCCAGAGCAAGAUAUUCUGUGGGAUACUAAAACUGAUGCUAUGCCAGGUGUUCAGAGAUGGCAGACACGCAUCUGGACACUUGUAACCAAACUGAUUGAAGCAAGGACAUCAGGAACCGUGCCCAAUCCUGAGCUGCUGAAAAAGAAAGAGAAGGAUGAAGCCAGAAAGAUCUGGGAGCAGAAGAAUCUGGUGAUUUCUGAGGUGACAGAGUACUUCACAAAGGAUCAUUUGUUCAACGCUGCCAUUUCCCGCCUGAUGAGCCUCACUAACGUGCUUCAGCAAGCUCCACAGCCUCUUAUUUUUCACAGCAGAGAAUUUGAAGAUAGUUUGGCUUCACUCUGCAUUAUGGUUGCACCUAUGGCUCCACACAUUGCAUCAGAGAUGUGGAAAGGCUUGGCACACAUGCAGAAUAAACUUUGUCCUCAUUAUCAGUGGGAUGCUGAUGUGCUGCAUCAGUCCUGGCCCAAAGUAGACUUGAAGUACCUUCAGCCAUCAGAUGUUGUGGAGAUGUCUGUUCUGAUUAAUAACAAAGCUUGUGGCAAGGUUCCUGUGCCUCAACAAGCAGCUCGCAAUUGUGACGAAGUCCACAAGCUCGUUCUUCAGAGUGAGCUUGGAGCCAAGCACCUCCAGGGACGCAUCAUCAAAAAGGCCUUUCUGUCUCCACGCACUGCCCUCAUUAACUUCUUGGUGCAGGAAUAGCAAAGCCUCUGCUGGGCUCUGGAAGGGAGCUGGAACCUUUCAAGAUGAAGCCAAGUCAAAAAUGCCAGAUAGGGCUAUUUAAAUCUGAUGUUAUUAAAUCAGGUUGCUGCUACGUCAUCGUUUUGACCUGGAGAAAUGUGCAGAAUUAAAGUUUCUUA